CCGGAGCCGCCAGCCCGGAAAGAAGGGGAAGGAGAGAAGGCAGGAGGGAGAGGAGAGCCGCCCGUCAGCCGCCCACCCGUCGCGGAGGAGCCGCCAUGAACCCCGAAUAUGACUACUUGUUCAAGCUGCUUCUGAUUGGCGACUCGGGCGUUGGGAAGUCCUGCCUGUUGCUACGGUUUGCUGAUGACACCUACACGGAAAGCUACAUCAGCACCAUCGGAGUGGACUUCAAAAUCCGCACCAUCGAGCUGGACGGCAAAACGAUCAAGCUGCAGAUUUGGGACACAGCAGGGCAGGAACGGUUCCGAACGAUCACCUCCAGCUACUACCGAGGGGCGCACGGCAUCAUUGUAGUAUACGAUGUAACAGACCAGGAAUCAUACAACAACGUGAAGCAGUGGCUGCAGGAGAUUGAACGCUACGCCAGCGAGAACGUCAACAAGCUCCUCGUGGGGAACAAGUGCGACCUGACGACCAAGAAGGUGGUGGACUACACCACUGCCAAGGAGUUUGCAGACUCCCUCGGCAUCCCCUUCCUGGAGACCAGCGCCAAGAACUCCACCAACGUCGAGCAGUCCUUCAUGACGAUGGCCGCCGAGAUCAAGAAGCGCAUGGGCCCGGGGGCCACCGCCGGCGGCGACAGACCCAACCUGAAGAUCGACAGCACCCCAGUCAAACAAGGCGGUGGCGGCUGCUGCUGAGAGGACGAGGGGGACAUGAUGGCGUUGGCAGGGGAGGGGCGGCGGCCCUGGCGUGGGGGGGGAGGCUGGAUUUUGGGGAGCCAGCUGGGGAAAGAGGGGGGAACGCCUGCCCCUUCUCUGCUGUCCAGCCGCUGCCGUCCUGCUUUUCUUCUACUCCGAAGGUGGCUUUUCCCGGAUGAUACCUCGGCGGAGGGGGACGGGGCCUCCCUCCCCCUUCCAGCUCAGCCGCUCUGAGCGCUCUUGAGCGUGCUCGGCCUGUUGUUUAUUUCGUUUUUAAUUUUUCUUUCUCGUCCCCACACUUAACUCUAGAGGGGAUAUUAGAUGGGGGGGAUUUGGGAGGGGGCUCUGUACAGGUCAAAGGCUUUCCCUGCCCCCCUGGGGGGGAGGGGAGAGGGGAUGCCGGCUCCCGCUGCCCCCGGGGGCUUCCCCCCCCACUUCCCUGCCGGCAAGGGUCUGGGCGAACUUUCGAAUUUUCACCGGUUUGGUUCGAGCGGCCCUCGCUGUUCCCUUCCAUACCUCCUUGCUCUCCCCAGCCGCCUUUUUUUUUUGCCCCAAACCCCAGCUGUGAUUCUCCCCCCCCCUCAAAAAAGGGUGAAUGGAGCUUUUGUAUUUUUCUCGCUCGGUUUCCCCACGCACGCCCCUUUCAGACCCCGCUUUGGACAGUUCCCGAGUCCCUCUAUCUUGUGCAUCCCACCCAGUUUAAUCGGAGUUGCUCCGGCAGAUUGCUUUUUUUGCUGAGGGCUGGGGCGUCUCUUUUCUCUCUGUGUGUGUCUCUCUCCUUCCUCCACCUGUCCCAGCUCUUUUUCGGGAGAAGGCGCAGCAGCGUGGCUUCUUUCCUCCCCCACCCCUGCAUGCGAUGUCAGCUUCCUUGUCGCCGGAGAUGAGGCCUCACCGUUUCCCAUUGGGAUCAUCCCGCAAUUUCUCAUCCCAUUUGCUUUCUUUCCUACCACGACAGGUCCUUCUCCCUCUGCUCCCCACAAUGCCAGUUUUCCUCUCAGGGCCCCCAAUCUUCCCCGGUGUCUUUCCACCCUCCAGUCCACCCCGCUGUAUUUCUCCGAAAGGACACGGGUGGGAGCUUGCAACGAGAUGAGAAACGUAUACUGUGCGCACACACACACCCCACCGGCUCCUUCGCGAGCACUGCUGGGUCCCACCGAUUCACUCUUAAAACUCUUCCCCAAGUUUGAACUGGGCAGGAGGAGGAAAUUUGGGGUUGGGUGGGGGGUUCUUCCCCUAGCUUCUGCAUUCCACAGUCGAUGAAUGUAUUUUUGGGCAUCCGGGCACCCACUGGGUUUCAUGAAAGGCUCCUGACACCAUCUUAGCCUGGACCCCCUCACCUGUGGCCAUCUCUGUCUUCCCAUUUCACCCCCAAUUCCCUCCCAGUCCUCUACUGGUGUUUGCAGGGCCGUGUAGCUGCCCCCUUUCUCUCCCCUACCUUUUCUCUGUGUAUCUGUGACCAAACUGAAGCCCAUCCGUUCCCCCCCCCCCAGUACUGAGCUGUGGCUCCAGACGUGCUAUACUCUGUAUGUGGGUGUGGAUGUGUACGUGUGUAUGAUUGUUCUCUUUACUCUUCCUUUUUAUUACUGAGAAGCUGGUGAUCGUUUCAGGAUUCUGCCCCAGCUCCCUUUGCACCCCCCCUCUCCCUCCCUCCCUUUUAUUUAAGGAACGUCCAGGGACCCUGCUGGGCCAGGCCGUGGGUGGAAGGUUUUUUUGUUUGUCCGCUUUUGUUUUGUUCUGUUUUUCCACGAACGAAAAUAAAAACACAAACGAGAGGACGAGAAAAGGAAGUGAAAAAAAAAACACCCCAAUAAAAACAUAACCAGCCUCUGCAAAAGGAGGGACUCUCAAGCUUA